AUGGAAAGCGGACCUCACGCCCCGGAACCGGGUAGCCUUCGUCCAUCAACAACCAUUGUCCAUCCUCAAAGGAUCGAACAGAUCGUUCCAGCAGUUGCAAAGGCCUCUCUUGAAGCUGACGGCAUCACCGUCCAUUCCAAUAUUGCCGGUACCAACGAUGCUCCUCGUACUGUAGGCGUUCUUCGAUAUAACACAUCACACGACUCCUUGCAUGAAUUUGCUCCUGCCCAUAUCUACUAUGGAGAUGAUCAUGAUAUUGGGUCUACCAAAAAAGGAGCUGUUCGUAGCAAGGUUAGGACGUAUUCAACUUCGGCUGCUAUACCCCUAGGAUCCGGUCCCGGUAUUGAUGGCCAGCCAAGGAGUGGCGGACGCAGACGUGCAUCUUAUGAUGAACCGUCCUCUCUCCCUCGCAAGUUCUUCAUCAAUGUCGUCACCACCCUUCAAUCUCUUCUCGAAUCCGAAGAUACCGACGGAAACUACCAGAUCACCAUCGACGAUGGAGGCCCUAAAACAAUUACCCUUGGAACUGCAAACUCCGGUGGAUACAACCGUGCUGAUAUUCGAGGCACUUACAUGUUGUCGAACCUGUUGCAGGAACUCACUUAUGCCAAGCAAUUCGGACGACGCUACAUUGUCUUAGAUGAAGCUCGUUUGAACGAAAACCCCGUUGACCGUUUGUCCAGAUUGAUCAGGACUAGUUUCUGGGAUGGCCUUACCCGUCGUAUUGAUGCCAGCGUUAUCGAAGUCGUUGGGUUUGAUCCUAAGGAUCGCACGGAUGACCCGCGACCGCGCAUCUACGUCCCUAUCGGGGCACCGGAGCAAUUGGAAUACUACCAACAGGUAGCUGCUGACCGUCCGGAACUGCGAUUGGAGGUUAUCCAGCUCCCCAAAGAUAUAACACCCGAUUAUGUCAAGUCGCUCAAUGAUAAACCUGGCUUGCUCGCUCUUGCCAUGGAUAAAGAAAUCGAUCCCAAGACCGGUCGAGAGACACUCGUUGGAAAGCCGUUCGUUGUCCCCGGUGGUCGUUUCAACGAACUUUACGGCUGGGAUUCAUAUAUGGAAUCGCUUGGUCUUAUUGUCGACAACAAAGUCGAUCUCGCCAAAGCUAUGGUUGAGCACUUCGCAUUCUGCAUCCAGCAUUACGGAAAGAUCCUAAACGCCAACCGAUCCUACUAUCUUUCCCGUUCGCAACCCCCCUUUUUAACUGACAUGGCUCUCCGUGUCUACGAAAGAAUCCGACACGAACCUGAGUCAAAGGAAUUCCUCAGACAGGCACUUCUCGCCGCCAUGAAGGAGUACCAUCAAGUUUGGAUGUCCGAGCCGCGAUUGGACAAGGUCACCGGUCUCUCGCGUUACCGCCCGGAAGGCAAAGGUAUCCCUCCGGAAACUGAAGCUUCACAUUUCGAGCAUCUCCUGCAACCGUAUGCCGAAAAGCACAAUAUGAGCUUUGACGAGUUUCAGCAGGCCUAUAAUGACGGCGUCGUUUCGGAGCCGGAAUUGGAUGAAUACUUUUUGCACGACCGAGCAGUUCGUGAGUCCGGCCAUGAUACUUCCUACCGUCUUGAAAGAAUCUGCGGGAACCUCGCGACUAUCGAUCUUAACUCUCUGCUCUAUAAAUAUGAGGCGGACAUUGCCAAGACUAUUCGAACCGUCUUUGGGGAUAAGUUGGCUGUCCCCGAAGAAUGGCUUGUUGGCGACCAGAAGAGCGGUCAUGUCGAGUCCUCCGCCAUUUGGGAUCGUCGUGCCAGAAAGCGUAAGAUGGCUAUGGACAAAUACAUGUGGAACCCCGAGAAGGGAUUCUUCUUCGACUACGACACCGUCGAGAAGAAGCAAAAUUUCUACGAAACGGCCACUACAUUCUGGGCGAUGUGGGCGGGAGUAGCAUCACCAGGCCAAGCACGAUCUAUGGUCGAACGCGGAUUACCCAAGUUUGAGGUAUUGGGCGGGUUGGUCGCCGGAACGGAGGAGUCCCGAGGGGUUGUGGGAAUAGAUCGCCCGAAUCGCCAAUGGGACUAUCCGUACGGAUGGGCACCGCAGCAGAUACUCGCAUGGGGCGGCCUUCAACGCUAUGGCUUCGAUCAGGAAGCGGAGCGUCUUGCGUAUAGAUGGCUGUUUAUGAUGACGAAAGCGUUUUUUGACUAUAACGGUGUUGUGGUUGAGAAGUAUGAUGUUACGCGACCGGUUGAUCCUCAUCGAGUUGAUGCGGAGUAUGGAAAUCAAGGGUUGGAUUUUAAGGGUGUUGCGAGGGAAGGGUUUGGAUGGGUGAAUGCGAGCUAUCAGUAUGGAUUGCAGAUUAUCAAUAGUCAUAUGCGACGGGCGUUGGGGGCGCUUACGCCGCCUGAUAGUUUCAGUAAUGCGUUUGAUAGGGAGGAGAUGGUCUUUUAA